CUUGCUUUGGCACCUUUUCGUUUCCCCCUUAAAUUUCGCCUGUAGUCUUCUUUUGUUUUCUUUUAAUUUUGAAUUUCUCUGUAUAGAGUAUCUCACUGUUAAUGAGAGUGGAGCGGCGAUUUCAUUUUUGACCGUUUGAAGGAGAACAGCAGCGGGGAGGAGAAUCUCUUUAACUUGCAAGUACCAUGAAAGACUUGAGUGGGUGGUGUUUGGUAAACUGAGAAUGCGGAUUGACGAGGAUAAAGGAAUUGAAAAGGAUAAGGGUAGUUUAGUCUUUUCAGUGUGUGGGGAGAUCCAUCCAUUCUGAGAUUGCUAUAAAAACCUCAACUGAGAACAUGUUUUCAUGAACUAAGCUGAAGUUAGUUAUUCGGCACAGAUGAAGAAGCUAUUCUUUUUCAGGUCUUCCUCUAAUAGUGGGAACACCAACGUUCCUCCACCAUCAAAUGAUAAAGUUUUCUGGGAGAACCCAUUGGAAUCCAGCCAAGCUAGUGAGAAAGCUGAUAACAAUUUUCGUGGCUCUAGAGGCUUGUUUUCCAAAUCACGGAAGCAAGUAGCUGAUAGCCAAGGUUCUUGUUCCAGUUCAGUUCUUAGAAGAAGCCGAUCAUUGUCAUCAGCAGCUUUUCUUGUUGAUGGGCUGGAACAGAGGGAUUUUUCCAACUCAAAUGAUCAAUGUAGAUCUCCUUGUAGCACUGCAAGUGCACGGUGUCAGCAAUCUGAACAUUCAUCUCGUCGGGCCGUAACUCCAGAAAAGUUAUCCAGAGGAAAACAUUUUGAAGUGGAAGCUACUCAAGAUGCACAUGCAUUUGGGAGGCAAGCUUUCUCUGCUUCUUCAAAGACUUGUCAAGAUUCAUCAGGAUCUUCUUGUUCCAGCAAUGUCUCAAGUAAAGUUGUGGACCGCUAUAUCGAUGGAGAAGAGCAGCAGGAAAGGAGCAAACAGAAGAAGAAUUUUUCACAUAGAAACUACCAUGGGAAUGGAAAUGGUACCAGGAAGCUUCCGCCACGAGUCCACUACACAGCACCCACAUCACCAUCAGAUACUGUCAAGGGUAAGCCAAAGUCUCAUUCAUUUAGGGAAGCUAGAGGUACAUGCCUUCAUUUCUCAUCUAAAGAUUGGGUGGAAACUGGAUUUGGUCAUGAAUCUCCUCGGAGACUUGCAAAAACUGUGAUUGAGAGGCUCUCCCAGACUCGUGCAUUUCCCGGAACUAGUUCAAUGGAAUUUGAUCAUGAUAUUCCAAUCACGAUUGAAGAUGUCUAUGGUGGAUCCUUUAACAGAUGCUCUGAUCCAAGUUCUGAUAUGGCCAGCCAAAAAUUUUAUCCUCUUGAUGAAGGUCAUGAAAAUGUUGAAAUGGAAGAGGACACCGAUGCUGAAUUGGAGAGGAGAUCUAGGGAAGCUGAGGAGAGGGUGAUGCUACUCUCUGAGGAACUUGAGCAGGAAAUUUUUCUUUAUGAUAGUGGGCUUGACAUGCCCUCACUAGCUAGAAAACUAACAGAGGAGAGGAUUUGCUUGGCACUAGAGAUUUCAGCUCUUCUACAGUCUCGAAUUGCUGAGAGGGCUUCCAAAAAGGAACAAAUCAGGUUAGCAAAGGCAGAACUGGAUUUGGUAACCCGAAGACUUGAGAAGGAGAAGAAUGAGUUGCAGAUUGGAUUGGAGAAAGAGUUGGAUAGAAGGUCAAGUGAGUGGUCUUUCAAGCUUGAAAAGUAUCAAGGGGAAGAGCAGAGGCUUCGUGAUCGAGUCAGGGAGCUUGCAGAACAGAAUGUCUCAUUACAGAGGGAAGUGUCUUCGUUUCAUGAGAGAGAAACAGAGAGCAGAAGAAUGAUCACAUAUUCAGAAAGACAACUUAAGGACCUGAGUACAAGGGUUGAAGAGGUAAGCAAGGAGAACAGAGAUCUUCGGCAAAGUUUCUCCGAAUUACAAGAAAAGUACAGAGGGUCUGUAGAAGAUUUAGAUUGCAUUCGAAGAAACUUUGAAGAGAAGGAGAGGGAAUGUAAGGAGAUGCAAAAAUCCAUUACGAGAUUACUAAGAACCUGCAGUGAACAGGAGAAGACAAUUGAGGGAUUGCACAUAGGAUUUAGUGAGAAAAUUGGAACAAAGCCGUCGCUGGACAAAUUUGAUCAGCUGGUUAAGAAAUUACAGAUGGAACAGAUGAGGCUGACAGAAGUAGAACUAGCAUUGAGAAAGGAUGUGGAACUUUACAGGGUUGAGAUUGAUUCUUUAAGGCAAGAGAAUAUCAAUUUACUAAAUCGCUUAAAAGGAAAUGGAAAAGAGAUGACUUUCAAACUAGAUAAGGAAAUACGGACUCGCAUAUUGUCCUUGCAGAAUCAAGGGCUAUUAGCGCUGAAUGAGAGCACCCGAUUAUGUUCAAAGUUACUGGAAUUUAUCAAAGCAAAAGGGAGCCAACUUCCAGAAACUCUGCAGGGUAAAGAAUUAAUAAAAAAUGGUCUGGAUGUGCAAUUUAUUGUUGAAUCUGACAUGAAAAUUCAGGGCUUCAAGCGCGGAGCUGAAAGCCUAACCCGUAGUUUGCAGACAAUAUCCACUUCACUGCAUGAGAUUUCCACUUCAGUUAAUUCAAAAUCUGAGUCAUCCUUCAAGGAUGCUGAAGGAUCAAAGAAACAAAAUGAUCAAAUCUCAGAGGAAAGUAUAAGAGCUGAACUCAAAGCUGAGACUUUGCUUACCAAUUUAUUGAGAGAAAAGCUGUAUUCUAAAGAGCUGGAAAUUGAGCAAUUGCAAGCAGAAUUGGCAACAGCUGUGCGAGGUAACGACAUCCUCAGAUAUGAAGUCCAAAAUGCAAUGGAUAACCUUUCCUGUGCCACUCACAAAUUGAGGGAGCUUGAACUUCAGAUGCUGAAGAAGGAUGAGACCAUUAAUCAACUUCAAAUUGAUAUCCAAGAAUCUAGAAAGGAAUUGACGAUCAUGAAGGGGAUUCUACCAAAGGUUUCAGAGGAAAGAGAUUUAAUGUGGGAAGAAGUGAAAAAUUAUAGUGAGAAGAACAUGCUCUUGAACUCUGAGGUUAAUGUGUUAAGAAAGAAGAUAGAGGCUCUCGAUGAAGAUAUACUGUUGAAGGAAGGUCAAAUUACAAUUCUGAAGGACACUAUUGGCUCCAGCAAAACUUUUGAUCUCCUUGCUAGUCCUGAUCCUUCACGAGAGUUCUUGUUGGAAUGACUGAAGGAGUGUUGUUUGGAGUUCUUUUUCGGGCAGGUGAAUAGUUUUGUUCAUAGUUCUAUACUUUUUUGACUUUUAUGUUCUGAAGCUUGCUUUUUUGUCCAUUUCUUUUCUCUUCAUUUUUAGAAACUUUGGGUAUGCAGGGGGUGAGAAAAGGGGGCAAAACCUUGAUUUUUUUGUAAGUGGGAAGUUUAAUGUAACUGUAUGUAAUAGAUAGAGGGCUUCGGUGGCUGACAAUACCAAAAAUGAUCUAUAUCUUUUUCUUUUUUUUUUUUCCC